GACAAUGCCCAGUGCUGAGAGCCAUUAGGCACUUAGGCCCCUGAAUAACUAGAUGCAGAGAUGACUGGUCCCCUCAUGCUAAUGAGGUUUAGGCCAUGUUGAGCUCUGCCUGUUCUCUGUGGGACAUCAGUUCUCCUUUAUGUACCUAUAGCUCCAUCUUCAUCAUUUUUCUAAUUGCCUGGCAAUUAAGAAGGACUUACCAGGGAUUGAGAUUGGAACCUAAAAAGAGCUGCUGCCGGCGUCACCGAAAAGUCAGGCAAAGGGCUAGAGAUGCAGCAUCAAGAGCCAGGAAACCUUCCCAAGAAAAAGCCGAGAAGCCGUGGAAGCUGCUCUCUAUCAUGAAAAGCCAAAGCUGGCUCCCCACGGAGGGAAAUGUGCGGCAGCUCCUGUGUGUAGAUCCGUGCUGCCAAAUUUGUGAUGCUGCAACUCUAGAGAUUCAGCAGUUGCUGGAGAGUGAUAAAAGUCAGAUCUCCCCUGCUUUGCUGGGACUGCCACAGGGCUCUUCGUGCCUCGACAUGUUGCCCAUAUCCAGUGUGCCUUUUGAGCAGAACAUGGAUCUUUAUUCCAGGCACUCCAGACAUCUUUCACUAGCAUCUGGGACUCCAACACUAGCACAACUAACUGAGCACUUAACACAGUCGACCAGUGCAGUCAGUGUCCAACAAUACUGGGCUGAUCACAUCCAGCUAGAUCAGAAAUUUCACCUGGCAGACAUGCCCAUGAUUUCAGAGACUGUGGUUUCUUCAAGGCUCGAGGACCCUGUGGUUUUAAUGGUUGAGGAAAAGCUAAUGCAAAACGAACCAAAGCUUGGCCAGGAAAGCCAAGACCAGCAUCCCUUGAAGUCCUCUGUGUCUUUACUAUCCCUGAACCCAAAGAUCACGAACUUAACACGGUCUAUGUCCUUGCAUAUGGACUCAGUGCUGUCUUCCCACGUGCCAUUACUUAGUCCUGAAGUCCGGAGGCUUCUUGAACUACAUGUAAAAAAAUGGAUACAUUUCCAGAAGUGGGGCCUUCCCAAACGUGUGGAGGAGUCCCUGAGGCAGCUCAUGCCAGACCCGACAUUAUUUUGUCAAUCUCGAAAAACUCUGCUUUCUUCUUUUCUGAGCAGUGGUUCUGAGGUCUCUAUGAACAAAACUGGGACCAUUUCCCACCAGAGCUGCUGGAUUUCCGAAUGGUCUGUUAUAAAACCCAAACAAAGAAAGCACUGGCACCAAAUACUUGAUUACUUGCCCUCUCAUGAAGAACACCUAAGUGGCUGCAGUCCACCUUCCAAGGCACAAACUAAGGACUCUGGGAGCCAUCUUCAGAGUGAAUAUUAUAGCCAGUUAUUCUGUGGCCUUCCAUCUCUUCACAGUGAGUCCCUGGAUGUUACUUCCUUGAGCACUCAAGGUGUCUCCCAGAACAAGGAUGUGGCCAAGCCCAAGCCCUCCUCCACAGGUCCUCAGCACACAAAGGAGUUCUCACACCCCUUAUUGCCCAAAACUCCGUGUAAGUCGGCCCCUCCGUGUUCUCCAGCUUCUCCAGAUGCCAAGACUCCUCAUGAAGGACCACGGAUCACUGUCCCCUUUCUGACUCCAGCUGAGUGUGAAGCAUUGGAAUGCCACCUCAUAGAGAGACAGGUCAAGCUUCAGUGGGGCCUGCCAGGUGUCUUCCUGAGAAAUCAGUACAGCCACAUGCUGUGUGAGCCACAUGAGAAAGCUGAGACUCUGAAAACUUGCUGGUCAAGGAAGAUCUUCUCACAUCCCAUCAGGAAAGCGUCCUUCCCAGAGCAUGUGCGCAGGCUGCUGGAAUUCCACUUCCAGAAGCAGCUGAUUCACCUCCGCUGGGGCCUGCCCCAGAGGAUCCAGCGCUCCAUUCACCUGCUCCUCUCCUCUACUGACCAGCAGGCCCUGUCCUGCAGCAGCAACAGGGCACUACCCAGUAUGAGCAUCCCACAAUCAGAGACCCAUGGGUCUGGUGACAGGUCCACACCCACAGUGGACAAAAGGCCAAUUCCGAUGCCACACUUGUUUGUCCAGGCAAAGGCAAUGUUGAAGAACCAUGUUGAUUCCAAAUGUGAUCAGAUCCACCAGGGCAAGGUCCCAGCCCAAGUCUGGAGCUCUUGGGAAUGCAAAAUCUCUGGAAGGUUGGCAGCAAGGGCUCCCUUCUCUUGGAUUCAAAAAGGCCAACAUCUGAAGCUACAAGCAGAAAGUAAAAGUAACAAGAUUGUUCCCUGGAAACCAGUGGCCCUCAACCAGGAGAAGCAGGCCCUAUCAGGUGCUCUCAUUGAGCACUGUAAGCGGCCCCAAGCCCUGUCUGAGGAAACCAUUAAGAAACUGGAGACAACUUUACAGCAUAAGUAUCUGGCCUUCCUGUCAGGCCUGCCUGCCCUUUACUGUGUGGCUCUCUCUAGGCCCACAUCCCCAGCAGUCACUAGCCAACCUAGAACCACAGAGACAAUGCCCAUGCCUGUCAAAAUCCCAUCAGAAGCUGUGACUCAAAUGACUUUGCUCGAAGGUCCACGUGAGGACAACAAGGCCUCGGACAACAUCACAGCAGAGUUCCAGUCUGAAGUGCAGAUGGAAGGAAGGACAGACAGACAGACUCAUGACAAAAUCCACUUGUUAAACACACAUAUCUUGGCAAAACUGAAUUUCCACCUGAAAAGAAAGGUCCUAGCAAUGCAAUUUGGAAUUUCUGAAAAGGAAAGAGAAUACAAAGAACUAGCUAUAGUCAGCCUAGAGAGUGAAUCCAUACAGGAGUUUCUUAAGAGUCUCAGUAUCCCAGAAAGCACAGCGCUACAGACACUGCCCAAGUCAGGUGAUCUUCCUCCAGCCCCAGAUGCAAGUACGGUCCGCCUGAGAAAACAGCCAGACACUGCAGUCCAGGCUGUGUGCCACAAGCAAGAGCAACCUAGGUCCAAAGCAGGGCCUCAGGAUUCUGCUCAGGAAGUCUCCAAGACCUCCCGACUCAGGAAUACAACCGAGGCCCAAGUGCCCAACCUAGAGGAAGCCCUUAGCACUGAGCCUCAGGGCUCAGGCAAGAGCAAGUACUCUGCGCAUGUCCCCGCACUAACAGAAAAGGGCCAAGAGCCAGGGAAACCCAAGGCAGUGGACGACCCUGGAGAAGGGGACACAGGUCUUGGGCUUUCCCCAACCAGUGAAAGAACACACCGUGAGGGAGACCAGGAGCCAGAAAAGGGGCCUAUGCACUGGACACCCCAGGGGUCCUCACAGUACAGCCAUAGCUCUCAUCUUGAGGAUCCCUGUCCACCCAGCCCUCAGGAUGCAUCUGACCUGGAGUUCCCGGAUCCACCCCCAGAAGUCCUCAUGGAGAGGGAACCUGAGCAUGACAUGCAAGACAGUCAAACCAAGGCAAAUGUCAUCCCAGGACCUGCAAGGAUUGCUGAGGUCUCCCAGGCUUCCCAGGGCUUGCCUUUCCUGCGCCCACCAAUUCAGGGAAAGCCUGUUCGGGUCCAAACUAGGCAAGACCACAUUUCACGGGGGCGGGUGAUGCCAACCUCUCCUCACACUAGCCCCAGCCUUCCAGAGGCUGGCUUGAAAAAUAAGGUGAAAUCCUUUCUUAACUCUAUUAACCCCAAGAUAAAAGGCAAAACACACGUGGAACCCAUGGCCUCAACACCUGCAAGAGUGGCCAAAACCAGUAAAGAAAAUGUUGAUAAGGGUCUGCCCCAAGCCAAAAGCCCCACCAAGAAAACUAAGGUAGAGAACUACAGAGGGCCCAAGGCCCAAUCUGUGCCCACUGAGAAGUCAGUGAUUGCAUCCUUCUUAACUGCUCCCCAUAUUCUAGACAGUAAGCUCAGGCCUCGCUCUCUACAAAAUGGCUCUGUGUCAAUAUCAGGCCAGGCCCGACACUGUCCUCGGCACUGUCCUAGAUUGGCUUAUGCCACUCAAUACAGAAACCCGCCCUAG